UAUAUACGUGUUGAUUCAUUAAGUUUUUUAGGGGUAUUGCCUACAGAAGUAGAGCUGCUGAAAUUUGAAUCUCUACAACAAGAAGAUUCUAAUAAUAAAGAAUGGUUGUUUGAACUUUAUGGUGAUCAACCAAAGAAACCACCAAGUAAAAUGAAUGAUAAAUGUGGUGGUGGAAAGAGAGAAGGAUCAGAAAGCAAAGUAGAUGCAUCUUCGAGCUCUAGCACCUUUGAAGUGAAUGACCUUGUAUUUUUUGGAAGAAGUGAUUUUGGAGUAGCAGUUGGCACUGAGAAAGAUGAUCCUAUCAAUGUAUAUGGUCUGGAAAUAUUAUUAUUUGUUCUCGUAGUCAACUAUUCACUGAUUCUUCUUGUUGCUAAUUUUGAAGGACGGUUCUGUAAGACCAAUUGUGAUGACCUUGAUGCAAGUCAAUUGAAACGUGGAUCUUUUGAUAGAAAAUUCACAACAUUAGAUAAUUAUUGUCUAAAUGUAAAAUUUGUUUUUCAUUUAAUGGUAUUGAGUUUUGAUCCAUAAUUAGUGUCUAAUAUGUUUU